AUGAAAUUGAUACAUGGAUAUGCUCGUGAAAAUAUUAUUCGUAAACAACAUCAAUAUAAGACUCAAUAUGAUAAACGACGUCCUGAUCCUCAUUAUACAAUUAAUGAUCGUGUUUUAGUCAGAAGACAUGGAUUAAAAUAUAAAUUAGAACCAAAAUUUUCAAUUACACCACAAAUUAUUAUUCGUGCACAACAUCCUGUUUACGUUGUUCGAGAUGAAAUAACUCAAAUUGAAACACAAGUGCACAUAAAUGAUAUUAGACCCAUUUAUGUUUCAAAAUUAAAUUAA